AUCUUUUGGGUGUUUUGUUGGGCCUUUCUUUUAGGGGGAGAGGGUGUCUUUGUGAGUUAUGGGGCGUGGGGGUCUGUAUGUUCUUGUCCUCUUGGGUCUGUUUGUGGUUGCAACUGAAAGCAACAAGGCUGCUGGGGCUGGCUGCUGGGUGAAGGGGAACAAUAUGACCAUCCACCCUCAACAAUGCCCAGCAGAGUUUCCGGAUGCAGACCCCAGGUUUUGCUGCCGCCUUUGCUAUGGUCCCAACUGCUGCAUGCCCAGGAGGCCCCGGGUGAACCAAGACAAGUGUCCCCCUAUGGCCCGGCUGUAUUGGCCUAUCCGAGAUCGCAGAGCAGCCCCUGAUCCGGAGAUUAGAGGGACUCGAAAAUGGGAAGUUUUGUGUUAUCUUGGCAUCCUCAUUGGACUUUUGGCACUGGCUGUCAUCUUUACAGCCACCAACUGCUACCGACAUUGCAAAAGGUGCUUGAAAUUCUGCUGGAAACUCUGCCUCAGAGAGGAACAGGCCCAACCCAGAGUCAACAUCCCGUCUUCCAGGGUCCUUUUUCACAACCCUCCAAGGUCCAACGAUCUCUCUGACUUCCUUCUUCAACCCUAUACUAUACCUAGGGGAGACCCACCACCAUACUCUCUGGUAGACCCUCAAAGAACCCGUGACUUGCCACCCCCAUAUCCUGGACAAUCUGCAGAAGACCCUCAAGGAAUCCGUAACUUGACACUGCCAUAUUCUGAAGGACCUGUGGUGGCAUUCCACCAUUCAAGAUCUCAAGCACAAGAUGAUACGGUGGUCCUCUUCCCUGUGCUGGUGGCCCCACCAGAGGCAGCUGCAUCUGGUGGUGUCCCAAAGGAGGUGUCCGUGACUGGCAGUGCCCCAGACAAGGUGGACAAGCUGGAGGCGGCUGCAACUGGCACUGCCCGGGAGGAGGUGGACUGGCCAGAGGUGGCUGCAACUGGCGGUGCCCCAGAGGAGGUGGACUGGCCAGAGGCGGCUGCAACUGGCGGUGCCCCAGAGGAGGUGGACUGGCCAGAGGUGGCUGCUUCUGGCGGUGCCCCUAAGGAUGCAGACUUGGAGGUAGUGGUUUCUGGUGGUGCCCCCAAACUUCCAGAAUAAUCAGGAUGCCCAGGGCUUUUGUUGGUAGCAGGAACUCUUUUGCAUAUUAGGUCACACACCCCUGAUUUAGCCAAUCCUCCAAGAGCUUACAGUAGGUCCUGUAAAAAGAGCCCUGUAAGCACUUGGAGGAUUGGCUACAUCAGGGGGGUGUAGCCUCAUAUGCAAAGGAGUUCCUGCUACCAAAAAAAAGCCCUGAGGACACCAGUAACCAACUUGCAGACUUGUUUUAAUGGAGAGGCUAGAAAUCCUGCCUGCUGCCUAACUGUGGCUUGCUUUUAGGGUCAAGAAAAUAGAGUCAUCACUGAUGCUUCUUUUAGGUUUUAAGGGGUUUUUCCAUGAUUCUGCUUUUAGGCUUAAGGGUCUUUGUUUUUCCCUGUGAUCAUGCUUUUUAAAACUUUGUAUUAAUUAGGCUUUUAUCCACACUUGUGUUUUAGUACUUUGCUUGCCCAAUGUUGUUGUCCUUCUUGCCAAUGGUUGACUGUGACAAGGGCGAAUGAAGAAGUAGCUGAGUGUUCCCCUUCCCAUCAAUAUCACAGCUCUGAGGAGCUGAUCUUGGAGAUGGAAGCUCCAUUCCACCUGGGCAUCACUGCAGCUGCCUGUCUCUUAAGGGGGACAGAGUUCAAAUGGGGUGUGUGUGUUGGAGGAUCCAUAUCAGCUCUGCCCUCUUGCUUUACCAUUGCAAGGAAACAAGCUGGCUUGGGUGACCCUGAGCCACCCGGGCUGCGUCUGGUGACGUCACAGAAUUUUCAGCAAUGCUUUGAAUGAAAUGUUUGUUUGAAUUGUCUGUUCUCAAAUUGGCUUGUUCUUUCUGUAACUGUCUGAACCAAAUUACCAAUAAAAGUCUUGUGGUCUGUCUUCUCCUUUA